GAUCUCCAGGCGAAGCUGCAGCUGCGCUACGAGGAGAUCGCUAAGAGGACCCAGCCGCCGCCGCGGCUCCCGGUGGGCCCCAGCCACAAAUUCGCCGAUAACUAUUACUGCAACCGGGACGGGCGCCGAGAGUCGCUGCCGCCCCUGGUGGUGGCGGCGGCGCAGAGAACACUGCCGGCGGGGGCACAAGCCGGCGGUUCAGGUGCUGCAGUGACAACAACAGCAAAGAAACCAGUGACACCAGGACCACCGCUUAGGAAGUGGGAAAUUUCCAAGGAUGAGCCCUACUUGUGAGCAGGGAGUGAGCUGAGGCUGUAUGAUGGGCACAGGUGGUUCCAGAGCAGCUCUGAUGGGGAGGCUGUGCUGGAUGUGGCUCCAGGCUGCUGGAGGGAGCUGAUGUCUGAUUAAUAAAUGUAUAUAAAGCAGUGAUUACUCCCCCCAUUUUGCCUAUUUUGUUUGAUUUAUUCGAGUUGCUGCUGUUUAAUACCAGUGUAUUUGGUUGGUUGGAAUAGUGACAAAGCUGUGUGUUUGUAAGCUGUAGGCAGUCAAUAAAGAGCAAAGCUGAAUAAA